AUGAUAAGUGUUGUUUGGGUAGGGUGGUCUGUCAAAACAUUCACUUAUGAGGCAUUGAACAAUAUUGUAAGGCUGAUAAAUGGAGUUUCAGCACUUCUGUUAGCUAUUUUACCUGGGAAUAAUUCCAUCCUUGAAGGAAUUCAUGGCUGGGAGCUUAGGCCAACGUUCCGUGGACCACGGUUCCCACGGUGGAUGGAAAAUGGUGUGUCAUCUUUCAACCAGUUCAUCCAUGAACUUUCUGUGAAUUCUGAUGCCUCAUCUGGUGAUGGUUACUCAUCUGGAGAGGAAGAAAGUGAUGGGAAUGUGCCUCCUCUGUCUCCUUUAUCAUACAGUUCCAGAAUGUCCAGGGCAAGUAGUUUAACUAAGUUUGACAGGCAUUGGACCUAUUGGAUCAUAUGUAUAUUCUCCUGGAUCAUGUUUCCUGUGAAGUUUCUGUUCGGAAUACCAUUGUUUCUUUAUCACGCAUCUUGGCCAACUGUCCCUACUAACACAGAAUCGUACGGUUUAUCCUCUAUCAAGAAAGCACAAUCCUUAAAAGACAACUUCAUUCAGCGCACCACUGACAGGAGGCGUGGCAUAAUAGAGGAUCUUCAUCUUGCAAUUGAGAUUUGUAUAGAAUCAAUAUUUGAUAUUGUUCACAAGGUAGCACACAGUGUUCUUUCUCCCUCAGAAACAUUUAAUGCGCUGUUGGGAUGGUUUUCUUCUCAUAGAAAUAUUGGUAAGUAUAAUGCUGCUGGUGAAUUGGAUGCUUCAGUUUCCACUUCAACUCUUGGAGAUAAUGAUCCAGCCUCAACUGAAAAGAAAACCACUUACCAACAGUCCAUGAAUACAGAUGCUCGAACCUGUAGAGAUGUUAUAACAGAGCUUGGGUGUUUAUGUUUACUUAAGAAGGCAUAUGCACAUCUAAAGCAUACUUCUGAUUUGCCAUUGGCUGUUCAAAAUCAUCAACUAGGGCUGAGUUGGUACCCAUAUGAGGCUAUUCAUGUGGUAACUACUGACGGAUAUGUUCUUCUGUUGGAAAGAAUUCCAAGACGUGAUUCAUGUAAAGUCGUUUACUUGCAACAUGGAAUAUUGGAUUCAUCAAUGGGGUGA